AUGAUUUGCAACGAGAAAUCCCGCUCGCUGGCGAGCGACGACACAUUCAGCCAAGACAUUAUCGGCGACGUGGAGAGUCUUGAGCUUAGCGACUCAGUCCCGACAUUAUCAACAUGGGAACUGAUCCAAUACUUUCUGAUCCUCAACUGGCAGUUGUACAACGCCUUCCGCACAUAUCUCGUCUACGAGCACUGGGACGGCUGGGCCAGCGUCAUGUUCACCGACAAAGCAGCAAUCGUCCUGGGAGUCGCGCAAUUACCGCUCACAGUCCUGAUUCUGAUGGAGCUGAUAGACAUGUGGCGUGACCGGAGAGCUGAACGGCAGAUGAGAUUACGGCUCGCUGCCCAGGAACGCGUGUCCAAGUGCUAA